AUGUUCAAGCCUCACCUACUGGCGGAAUGGAACUUGCAUAGAAUAUCAACCCCAGCCGUCAGGAAACUUGGACGCUGCAUCUCAAAGGUGCUGCCUGUGCAGAAUGCUCAAAAAGUCACUCUCACUAUCGGUUCCAAAUUGAUUCGGAGCAUUAUGAUACUGAUUGACUUUUUUAAGCUUAUCCGGGGGUUCCCCAUAGACGUGCCGAAUAUCCGCCCUCACGAAAGUCGCUUCCCAUGGGCUUCAGUGCCUGGCGACAGCGAGCGUGAAUAUUCAAGCACUUAUCUACCUGAACCCAAAACCUUCCAAGGGAUCAUGAUCCAGACUAACCUGUGCAGGGGGCAAGGUAAACACGCAGAACCCGUGCUCUUUUGUCCAAGAAUCGCAAACAUAUCAGAGCCGAAGCGCUACCAAAAGGACAAAUUUGAGGCUCAGCCAGAUAGGGCUAUUGUUUGGCUCGAUCCAGACCAAGGCGGAUGGACAGACGAGAAUAGACGUCCACUAGUUAUGGGUGUCACUAGCGAUGAAAUGAACGUGUAUUUGAAAUCGCACGGUAUCGGAGGAGAAAUUGCCAUUAUUUGCAAAUAUCACAUAAGGCGGCAUUCAUAUGGUCUCAGGUGCCCGAUAAUAGGGAGCACGUCACUAGCCAUCCCCUCUCGGUUCCUUCCGAUACUCUCGGAAGUUCUUCUCAAAGAUCUGUGGCCGUUGCCUUCGAAGAUUCAAAGCCCAGCGCACCAGCCCACCGACAAACUGCGCCUCGGUAACGCCAAAGUGUUAAAAGAACAAACAGAGAAUCGCUGCACUGUGUUAUCGUUUUCGAGCUUGGCUUUUGUGCAAGAGGCAGACAAAGCCUUGCUAACAAGACGGAAUCCGAAUGGAUUGACCACGGCAGGAAAACUGCUGAGUAAAUAUUUCAAGCGUAAUUGGGCAGAAUUUGAAGGUUCGGGGCUGCAGCAACUUGCGAUGAUCGUCACGUCAAAGCUAGCAGCUCCCACCGGCAAUUCAGAUUAG